GCCAACAUGAAACAUUUUCCAGAAAAGAAAGGGACACCUCAAAUUUUGUUUACUUAUUUCAGUCGUUCAUUGUGUCUGACAGAGUCUUCACACCCUGACGAUUGCAGGCUUGGUACCUUCACCCUGUCAAGCACACACGUUUGCUCGCUUUCCCUGCACCAUGCACGUCCUCUCAACCUUCCUUCUUGCCAUCGGCAUUGCUUCCGUCCUCUGUCUCCUACCGGUCUUAACUGCUGGUAGCCCUAUAACCGAAGACGUGGGCGACAAUAGAGACGAGGACAAGAUAGUAACAUCGCAUUACCCGGUGGGAGACGCCAGACGCUGCCUGCAGGAGUCAGCUCAAAAUUACUUCCGGAUGGAGAGAUUUGAGGUGUUGCCUGGCAACGGAUGGGAUAACCUUCAAAAUGAACCACAAGUGCAAAUUGUGGCCUUCAACUACUCUCAGUGUCGGACAACAGACGACGGGCGGUUCCUGCUGCCGGACACAGUGACCACCGUGCCAAUAAAAAGCACCGAUCUGCAGUUGUUCUCGGAUCUCAUCUCCAACACUGAGGAGUGGACUAGCGUCACGUCCCGGUCAAUUAAUCUGGACGCUGGCCUUGAUAAUAAAUUCAUUAGUAUCAGCGGCAAAUACUCGUCGGAGUUUACAGACAUGAAAUCCAAGAUGAUUAGCGACAAGACUGUGGUCGUUCGCACAGAGGCACGCUACGUCAGGUAUUCUGUCCACCUGCAGCCGGACACCCCCCUGCACCCCACGUUUCGCAGUCAUCUGCUGCAGGUGGCGGCGGCUCACGAGCGUGAGGACGAGGAGUCUGCGCGCUACCUGGCGGAGCUGUUAGUCAGGGACUUUGGCACACACGUCAUCACCAGCGUUAAAGCAGGCGCAGCAAUCGCUCAGGUGGACCAUUUGAAAGAAGAAUGGAUGAAAAAAAAUUCUGAACAAAAAAACGAAAUAUUGGCCUCCGCGUCGUUCUCUCUAUUUAAGCUCAACCUUUCAGCUUCAGUUUCAUUCAAAUCCAAAACUGAAUCAAGCUACCAGUCAGGGUACCUCAGCCAGCGCACGUCAUCAGUGGUGCGGACGUAUGGAGGCCCCGUCUACAAACCCAUCAACUUCACGAUCAACGAAUGGGCAGAAGCAGCAGACAGAGACCUGGUGGCCCUGGAUCAAACGGGUGACCCACUGCACUAUUUGAUCACUGCGGCCAUGCUCCCUGAAUGUUCGGCCUCCAUUCUAAGCCAGGUUCAGAGCUCAAUACAACAAGCUGUUGAGACUUACUACGACUAUAACGUCCAUCAGGGCUGCCUGCUACCGGACUCAGACUACUUCACCCCAUCCGCCAACUUUGAUGACGGCACCUGCAAACCGCCUACCUCCAACUUUACCUUCGGGGGCAUGUAUCAGAACUGCACGGUGUGGCGUCUGGACAUAUAUAACCAACAUAUUUGCUACGAUAAAACACAGCUAAACCCCUUGACCGGCAGUUUGUCCUGCCCUUCUGGCUACCAGCCUGUGCGGAUACAAGAAAUAGGUUGGUGUAACAUAGGAAUGGUCAGCGGAAACUGUAACCUCUGUCCCAUCUGCUACAUAUCAAUAACCACGUAUUGGUGCACAGCAUGGGAUUCAGCAAAGGUAGUGCCAAGUAACCAUGGCUACCUGUUCGGCGGCCUUUACACCUCCUCCGUGUCCAACCCUGUCACCGGAAGCCCCUCGUGUCCGUCAGAUUUCUUCGCCCUGCGUGUGGGCUACACGCGAGACUUGCACGUGUGCGUCAGCGCUGACCUCGAGUUCGGAGCCAAAGGCGCCGUGCCUUUCGCCGGCUUCGUCAGCUGCCUGACUGGGAAUCCCCUGGCAAUCCCCGGAGACCGCAUGAACAGCAAAGGGGACGAAUGGCCACAGAGAUGUCCAGAGGGUUACAGCAUGCACCUGGCAACAGUGGACCUGGACUGUCAGCUCAACUACUGCGUACUGACACGUGCCAUGCGUGGGAAUGUCACGCCUCCCUUGGAGCGCCCACCCUUUGUCCCGCCACCUGCCGGCAUCUUUUGGGAUGAAAAAGAGAUCAAUCACACUGACGACCGUUCGUCGCAGUCUCUGAGCCCCGGUGCGGCGGCUGGUAUAGGGGUGGGAGUCACCCUGGGUAUCGUGCUCCUGGUGAUUAUCGUCUACCAGCUGCACGGUCGUUGUCGUCGAACCCAGUCCAGGUAUUCCAGCAUGACAGAGCCUGUGGCGGCCGGUGCUUCGCCCCCUGGUUAUGGUGCCUCCCACGUGUCUUCAAAUUUGUAAACCAGCACCAGCUCAUCGUUUUCAAGCUAGCUGCGUCUGUUAAAUAUAAUUCUUUUUUAAUAUAAACAUUUAUAUUCAAUUAACUCAUUGAACAUAUUACAGGCUUAAUGCAUUCUAUUUUUAAACAAUUCACACAGUUGCACUAUACCAUAUAUAACAAUACAGUCAAAUCUCGCUACUAUGCCACCUACCGAGACCGAGCAAAAGUGGCAUAGUAGCGAGAGUG